GAAAGACAAAUGGCACAACACAUUUUGUCUGCUGUUGAGUCCGAGAUUACAGCAAGUAAAGAAAAAGGUGACUCGUCCGAAAGGGAUCUUUCAGUCUCUUUGGAUGACAGAGACUUAUGGGUUAGAUUUCAAUGUUUUACAAACGAAAUGAUUGUCACAAAAAGUGGAAGGCGUAUGUUCCCCGUGGUCAAAGUAACUGCCUCAGGUUUGGACCACAAAGCAAUGUACACGGUGCUCUUAGAGUUUGUACAAAUAGAUCCUCAUAGAUGGAAAUACGUGAACGGAGAAUGGGUACCUGGAGGUAAAGCGGAAGUACCCCCAUCAAAUCCAAUAUAUAUCCACCCCGAGUCACCAAACUUUGGUGCACAUUGGACAAAAGAAUCAAUAUCUUUUGCUAAAGUCAAGUUGACCAAUAAAUCAAACGGCAACGGCCAAAUCAUGUUAAACUCCUUACACAAAUAUGAACCCAGGGUACACCUAGUAAGAGUGGGCACUGAACCAAGAAGGGUGAUGACCUUCCCGUUCCCUGAGACACAAUUUAUAGCUGUAACCGCUUAUCAAAACGAAGAAGUAACUUCAUUGAAAAUCAAAUACAAUCCUUUUGCAAAAGCCUUUUUAGAUGCUAAAGAAAGACCAGAUGCUAUGUACAAUCAAAGGGAAUACUCACCAGCUUAUAGUCAGCAGCAAACUCAAUACUCGCAAUAUGGUUCCUGGUUUCUACCGCAUCAACCAAUUUAUCCUUCGGCACAAAUGUCAUCUUGUAAAUACAGAUCAAGUCCAACUUUAAAAAGACAAACUGCCUCGCCAUACACUGUACAUAGAACCAAGUCUGCUUCUGUAUCGCCACCCCCUCAUGUAUAUAACCCUCCAGAGCAUAUUCAACAACAAGCCUUAUACAACACAUCAACACCAAAUUACACGAGUUGGUCCGGAAUGCCAUCAAUGCAAGCCCAAUCACCAACCACAAUAAUGACUUCGGCAUUAAAUUGUUGGUCACUUACAUCCAGUCCACCCCCACCACACCAAAUAUCUACACAGCCAACUCCAAGCCAAUCACCAAGCCAUCAAAUUUAUCAACCAUCACCUAUUUCGAAUAUCACUAACUUAUCAUACCCAAGUUAUUAUAGUCAAGAUCUAAGCUGUACUCAGUACCAAAAUCCCGAGUACGUUUCAGUGGUAAAUGCUGAUUUAAGUUAUGCUCAUAUGGGCCAUGAAAGAAUUGUAUAUCAAAACGAGGGAAAUGCCGUGGAAAAAGUUAGUGAUUAUGAAAGUCCUCAUACUCAAAACCAUGCAGAAUCACCAGAAUCUACACCUGGUACUCCUAGAAGCGAAUGGGUUCAAAUUAAUUAAACCCCCUUAGAAGAUGUUGUAAAUAAUAUUUUUUUAUAAUUAAUAUAUU